AGUGAAAAUAGCAGGACAUGACGACGUCAGACUCCGGCAUUUCCGAGCAGGGCUCGGUCAACGGGGAAACCCCGUGGUACAAGAUCGUCACGGGAACCACGUUUGCCGUGGACGCCCUGCAGUAUGAGGGUGCGUUGCCGGCCGUCACGCACCACUUCUUGACGCACUUUCGCGAGGGUUUACCGUUGGACCGGAUCCGGUUGUUGGGCCAGACGUUGGCCAUGACCCGGGAAACGGCCAACUGCGUGGGGGAAGUCGCGUGCUUGCAAGAGCGGUUCAUUCGGUUGGUCGAGCUCAACAAGCCGGUUACGGUCAACGGAGUUCGUGUGACCGCGCUGGAAAACUCGGGAUCGGUAAUGUUCCUCUUCCAGACCGCGACCGGAUUGAACAUUCUUCAUGCCGGCGAACUGUGGCCCUACACGGAGGAUCCGAGUGUUUGGGGCUGUGAAGUUCACAUACUUUAUGUGAAUACGACCUGCGUUUCGGGACGUUUCUCAUUUUCUCAGCAAAUGUUGGCUGUUACGGACGUGAUGGCCCUAGUCCGGGCAAAUCUUAAGCACAUUAAGCAUAGAUUGUUGCUCGUCUGCGGAAGCAAUGUGGCGCAAAACGACCAACUGUUGAAGAUCCUAUCCAACGGUUUGAACUUCAAGAUUUGGGUUCAACCGGCUGGUGCUGCCGCCUUGAUAACGGCGGGAAAAGUUCAGCGCAAUCGGCUGGUGACGGAUCCCUGCCAGGCAAACAUCCACGUGUUGGCGAACGAGUUGCCGUACGAUCUACUCCUGACCUACCUGGACAACCUGCCCACCAUCUUCAGCACCGUCCUAGCCCUGCGUCCCUGUACACUUUCCCGAACCUCUUUCGACCGCGCUCGAAACACCAUCGCCGAGCCGGAACAACCCAUCAUGAGCGACAUGAGGCGCCGUUUUCUACACAUUCUGAAGCCCCUGGAAGUUAUCAGCACCGGGGACAGUCUGCUAAAAUGUGAGCCUGGCGUGGGACGUCUACCGGAAGGACCGCCACCGCCGGGAGCCCUGUCCGUGACGAUGUUUUUACGUCGGCCGUGUUGCAAAUUUUGCGACUCGCUCCAGCUCGUGGACCGAGUUUAGACCGCUCGCCAGCGAAAUCAAUUUUACAUAUUUAAGCAAAGCUGAUCGAAAUUUUACGUGUAAUUUCCAAAGUUG